AUGAAACAAAUCCUCCGAUUAUUUAUUGUACUUGUUUUAAUCGCUGCUGUAAUUGCAGCACCACUACGCAAACGGCUCGGAGAUCAACAGGAUUGCAAAAACAUAUCAAAACUUCCUGAUAAUGAGGCCUUUAAAGAUAACGUUCCUGUAGAAAAUAAUGAUCCAAAUUAUUGUCCCGAACCCGCCACAAUGAAACAAGUCAUCAAAUUAUUUUUAAUACUUGCUUUCAUCGUUACUGUUAUGGCAGCUCCAAUGCCUAUUGAAAAGCGGCUUACAGAAUGCCCUGAAGAAGAAAAAGAUGAGGCUCCAGUGCAAAGUUUAGAGUCAAAAGGUUGUCCUGAAAUAGUUUAA